CUGCUUAUAUGCGUUAAGUCAACCCUAAGAGGAUUGCCGUUUAGUUCGGACAAGCGUAUUACUGUUUUCCAACUUGUCCGGAACGAUCACAGCGCGCAGCGGCUCGAUCGGCCUGAGAUGAGAGCGAGCAGCACUUGGGACAUUCCAUUGCUGCCACUCGUGCGAACAGGUUCCCGAGCGAUUGGAAAAAAGAAAACGAUGAAAAAAAAGGAUGGUGGAAAGACGCUGGACGAAGAAAAAGGAAGCGACGUGCGGACCGGCGAGCUAAACAGAGUCAUUCGCGCGGCGGAUCGUUUGAUGACGGGAUCAGUAAGGUGCCCCUCGGAAAAUUCUGCUAGUCAUACCGAAAUUCCCAAGGAGGGAGGGAACAGCCGGGUCAACCGGAAGUCAAGGCCACGCGGUCAAUCGCCCGGUGAUCCGUCGCCGUUAUAAAUAGAUACCGAGCGCCCCGGUAUCUCUACGUAUCUGCAUUCGUAUGUCGCAUGCCGCGAUAUCCGAGUACCUCGUCGCAGUAUGCCUCACGAAUGCCGUCA